CGUCAAUCGAAUUUCGCAGCUAAUAAGCAGUCAGUGUGAGAUGUUGACAUUGCAACCAAGGUGGUUUAAAGUGGUUCAGAUUAUAUUAGCUAGGUCUGGGUGUCGUGUCAUUGCUCCGAUCCAUGCGAAUAAUUUUGGGAGAUAAGCGCGUUGUGAAGUCGAGAACUGAGAUUGACUAACAGCACAAGCACCUGAAAGGGUGCGAGAGAAAAGUUCGAGAAAUUCUCGAAACAUGGAACCAAUUUUCAGAAAGCUCUGGAUCAAGUUGAUCGUCGGCCGGUUAGGCAGAUUAUAGUAUAUUUUUCUACUGUUGAUUGGGAAGGUACGCGAGAAAUGGAAAAGGCAUCUUCGACACCAAAGGACGACAACCCUUCGACACAAUGCCAGAAAUUCGAGGCUGAAUCAACCAGGAUAACAAAAAGGAUCUUAAGGUCGGUGGACAAAGAUUUGGUCGUGCCGAAAAUGUCCUUUUUUUUCUUUUUCAUGGCGACCGGCGCUUUCCUUCCGUAUCUUGGUGUGUUUUACAAGCAGCUCUGGCUCUCUGCUCGUCAGUCUGGCAUCCUGCUCGGUGUUCGUCCGUUUGUCAAGAUGCUGUGUUCUCCUCUUUGGGGUAUGGUUACCGACAUAUGCAACAGACCAAAGUUGAUUCUUCUAAUCUCUAUUCUAGGAACUGCUGUGGCCCAUUUCUCCCAGAGUAUCGUGUCGCCAUUUAAUCUUCCAUGUUACCCCGAGCCAAACAACGGUACGAACUUCAGCUUCAAUGGCCAUAAUUUCCCACGAGGAUAUGCGGCGACCGAUCGUUCCUCCCGUCGAAGUGGUUUUCCGGAAGCCGAAAGUGGUUCUCGAGAUGGACAACCUGUUCUCACGAGUAGAGGAAAAAUAAAUAUUUUACAAAGUUGGUCUAAUGAGACCACAGCGUCCCAACUCUCAAGUGAUGUGGAAAAUAUGGUGGAUUCUGUUGAUUAUAACAUGGAAAGGAAAUUUCAAAAGGAAUCAGAUGAAGUUUACCACCCACUCAGUUCUCGAACAAUUCGCGAGGUCGAAAUAAUCGAGGAAAUCGAGCCCAAACAUGAAGAUAAGCCGCGGCAGUUGCCUGGUGAAAAGCAAUCAAGAAUAUUGACAAAAAACAAAAGGCGCGAAAAGCUAAACAUGAAAAAUGACUUUCGCGUGAAAGAUAACCAAACAAUAUUUAUCACACUACUUGUGAUCGUCUUUCUCGGCGAGUUCAUCGCUGCACCGGCUCCCAUGUUAACGGACAGUGGAACGCUUAGCAUUCUGAGCGGACGCGAACACGAGUACGGCCGACAGAGACUUUUUGGUUCCAUUGGAUGGGGAAUAGGGUCUCUCCUGUCCGGUGCAGUUGUCACCGCUUUCAACUCAUGUCCAUUCGAAGACAGUAUUAACUAUGUGCCAUGCUUCUAUGUCUUUGCCGCGUCGAUGAUUCUGGAUUUCUUCGUGGGGCUUUUCUUCAGAUUUCCAUCUGCACCACCAAAACACGAGACAACCACCGAGAGCGAAUUCUGGAGAGGAGUGAAGAUCUUCUGGAACCUGAAAAACGGUGCAUUUAUUUUCACGCUGCUUUUCCUUGGCUUCUCCCACAGCCUCCAGUUAUCGUUUCUGUUUUGGUUCCUUCAAGACAUCGGUGGCACACCAAUUCUCUUCACCCUAAUCGUGGCCGUUAACUGCUUGUCCGAGGUGGUCAUGUUUUUCAUGGCAACCUACUUUGUGCAAAGGAUUGGUCACGAUGCCGUACUUUAUACAGGCUUGAUUUGCUAUGGGCUGAGAUUUCUGCUAUACUCUUACCUGAAAGAGCCCUGGUGGGUUUUACCUUUAGAGGCUCUGCAAGGAUUUACAUACGGAGGCGUUUGGACAGCAAGUGUGGCAUACGUCGGCCCACAACCAGGUAAGGCGUGGUUGGUUUUCCUAUCAACACUCUAUAGGCGCGAUCCAUUCAACCAAAAUUUCCGGAAAUUUCGGUCCAAAACUCGAUGGAUCAGUUCGGUCCAACCGGAAAAGUUUCGAAAAAACUAGUCCACCUUUUGAGGUGGUCCUCUUUUCCCGGUAGGACCGGUCUGAAUUUUGGUUGAAUGGAUCGCGCCCUAUAGUGCUAUAGGUGUUUCUGAUGAAAAGAAAGUCUCGAAGAUCGCUAUUGAUGAAACGAUCUUAGCGGUAAUAGCGGCGAUCGCAUUGCCAUUCCAAUCAGGUUCAAGAACGUUAAUGGGGCGAUGACCGCAAAGAAAUCUGCCAAAAAAACUGCUGCACGUUCAGAAUUUUUAGUUUUGCAUAUUCAACCUUUUGCUUUCUAUUUUCUUGUUUCCGUCGUUGCUGUCGCGGUUGAACGUGCUCGUUAGUAGCUUUACUAUGCAAAUCGAUUCUUGAUAAGCAACGGUUUCGUUGAAAACCAACGAUUUGAUGGAAAAAGAGCGACGAAAACGACGUCCGCAGGAACCCGUAGAGAGACUCAUACUUGUAAAAAGUCAAGGCGAGCUGGACAGGGUUUAUCCGACAACUACGAACUGGCCAAUAUUUCAUUUACCAGCUCAGAAAUGACGCCUCUUUUCUGAUAGCUGCCGAUCGAGAUCUGCGAUCUAAAACAAAAUCUCACAGCUAAAUGAAAUGAACGGACAGUUAAGUUAACUGUUAACUGAUAGUUGAGUCAUCGCGAAAUUUUUAUUGAUAACCAUGGAUUCCAGUACCACCAUACAGACCCAGCUUGUCACCUUUGUGACUAUAGAAAUUCAACAUAAAUUUAAGGCAUGGAAAACUAGUUUUCUUUUCUUUUUUUUUAAUUCACAAAACGUUCUUAUUUUUCGAAAGCUAUUUCGUCCGAAUAACAUCAAAACCAGACUGAAUCCAAAUCCACUUUGGUUAAAAAAUAGAUUAAAUUCCAAUUAAUCCAGAAUCAUAACCAGCCACUCAGAUGAGGCUUGCAUAUGAAAAAACACUUAUUAAAGCAUUAGCGGUCACGUACAUUUCUAAAAGAAAAAUGUUUGUCUAUAAAGGCCAUUUUCUAUAGUGAGGAUCUGAACAAAUAAACUCAAGCAGAUGGAUAAGUUCUAAUGACUGAUAAUUUGUUCUCUUUGGCCUGGCUUUAACGUGCCCUUACAACUGGAAUACUUUGAGAAUAUGACGAAAAACAGGUAGACGGUUGUAUUUUAUUAGGAAUACAAUUGUAAUCAUUAAAAUGCGAAUGUCGCCAUUUUUAGCUGGCGAAUCAUGAUGAUAAUUUGACUUCUUUUUAUACCAUUUUUUUAGUUAUAUAUCCAUUUUCAUGCAAUCAAAAACUUCAGUACAUAAUAAGUUUAAUGCAGUACAAGCAGUCCGUUAUAAUUUUUUUCAUUUUUCGAAAACUGAUGUUCUCACCGACAACAUGUUAUUCUGUGCUUCACUUUAUUAUUCAUUCAAAAUGUUUCGCCGCCUCUGAUUGGUUAAAAUCCCCCGGCUAAUCAAUUCUUCAUAACCAACUGUCCCUUACCAUAUUCGCAAGUUUGCCUGAAAACGAGGCUGCUUGGGCAACAGUGAACUUUAAAAGAAUGGCAUUCACGGAGACGAAAUAGCUGAAUUUCUGACUAAAACUGGGAGAAGAGGAAUAAAUGUUAUCUACUUUUUAAGGAGUAUCUCAAAGAAAAAACGUCUGCUUAUAUCCUGAAACCUUAUAUCCUGAAUUAGGCCAAAGUUUUCGAAGAAAUUUUACGAAUAGGUAAGCUUGUUAAGAACUUAGAAAUGUUUUGAAUGAAUAAUAUAACAAGUAGUGAAUUCGGCUUUCGUAUCAUGCCAAGAAUUAUGCUGAUCUCGGAGGCUGUAAUCCACCUCGGCCAACAUUCUCCUCGAUCUGCAUAGUUCUUCACAUCACGGCUCAGCCUCAUUCAAUAAUUGUUAAAUAACUGGAAUGAAAAGCAAAGUUAUAUAUAAACGUACCGACGUACGUCUAUGACUGGUUGCGUCGUAUCCUGGCCGUUUUUAUACUAAGGACGCAUUGUCCGUCUAGGCGAACUUGGGCAAACAUAGUAGUUGGUCUGGUUAUGUGUCUCAAGUAUAAAGACGGGCACAAGAGGCAUUACGCGUCUGGAUGAACUAUCCUUCGAAAUACGUCUUGAACGACGCACUACGAAAGGUAGUUCGUCUGGACACAUAAUGCGUCUUAUGCCCGUCUUUAUACCAGUGACGCAUAACUAGACGAACAACAAAAUGUUUGCCCAAGUUCGUUCAGACGUCCUUAGUAUAAAAACGGGCAGUAUGUACGUAAUAAUAGCCAACUCUGAUUGUUUCCAGGUUCCGGAGCGACAAUCCAAGGCAUAAUUCACGGAGUGUACUGGGGCCUAGGGAUGGCAGUAGGAGGAGUACUGGGAGGAACAAUGGUUCAUGUAAUGGGUGCACGAAUGACAUUUCGUCUUGAGUCGGUUUUAUCAUUUGUAAUCCUUGUUCUGUUUUUCGCCGUCAACAACUUUUACGAGAAAAGCAAUUGGUAUUCGCAGAUUCCAUCUGAGCCUCAGGAUCAGGAGACUGGGGGCGAGGAGAAGGAUGAAGUGGAUCAUGAGAAAUAAUUAUUGAACGAAAAAAGAAGUAAUAUUAAUUUAGAUUUUGAAAUCAAUCCGGUUAACAACACGCUAUUGUGUUGAGGGAAAAUUAUUUUUUUCAAUUUUUUUGGUGUAAUCAGUAAGUGUACGUACUUGCAAGUAAAUUAUAUUUAUUGUGGAUCGCAGGAGCCUUGCUCUUGGGAUUGUUGACAUUUAUGGGUAUGAACUGAUAAGAUUUUCUAGUCACGAAGUAACAAAUUAUUUUGGCAGAAAUUAAUUUAUUUUCACCUCAGUUUUGAUUGUAGAAUUGUGAACCCGAGAAAUUGAUACAAAAAAAGUAUUUGAGGGGCGAGGGGAUAAGAAAACCAGUUAAAAUUCGCGUGCUAUAUCUCUCGGCUGUCUAUUCUCGUACCUAGAUCUCCCACGGCCGAAAGGCAGAGUGAGAUCUAGGUACGAGAUUAGCAAUGUCUGCGCGCCGUUUUGCAGGAGUGUUUCACAGUCUUGACAAUUGUUUCCCGGGGACUGGGAUGCUCGUCGUCUCACUCUGGUGUAUAAAUUGUUACAUCUUUUUGUAAAUUUUUGGUUUUGGGAUCCGGAAUCUUAGCUCUGGAAUCCGGAAUACGGCUCAAAGGAUCUGGAAUCCCAAUGACGAUUGGAAUCCAGAAUCUAAGUACCACUGACAAAGACUAGAAUCCAGUAACUGGAAUCUGGAAUCCAAGGCUUGUAAUCCAGAAUCCAAGACUGUCUUGGAUUCUCUUACUUGGGGCGAACAAAUAUAAAUGUCUAUAAAUUGUAAUGCUUUUAGGACUAUGUUUGGUCAAGACAAUAUUCGCCCUUGGUUGCCAUUUAUGGCACGAGAUUAGACCUGCCAUUUAUGAAAAUAUGUUGAGCUAUAACAUGCAACACUUCUUCAUACCCGUUUGUGUCAUUUGUGAACAAUAAAAAAUGGUAACGGGACUGAGUAAUCAACUAUGUAUAAAUAAAACGAGUGAUUUAAAAAAAAUCGAACCACUACCGCGUAGCGGGGAGUCCGAUUUGUUUUUAAAAUCACGAGUACGACUACAGACCGAAUUGAACUACACGAAGUUCUGUUACCAAUUAAUCAUAAAUUAUUAAAUAUGAGAAAAGUUAAGCCUUUUUGAAAAUUUAGAACAAAACAUCUUUUGAGAGUUUUUUGCUGGACGUGAGAAAAGAAGACCGAGAAAAACUAAAAAGAGAGCGCGCACUCUCAAUGGCGCGCACUUUAAUUACUUAGAUCUAGUUAGGCAUGACGCGUACUGUACUAUUAUAUCUUUGGCUUACAAAUGCUG